CGGAGCAGGAGAAAUGGCAGAGCUCGUGAAGAGGGGCAGUGUCCAGCUAGUGAAGCGCAGCAGUGUUCAAAUCAAGCAGGCGGCCAAGGAAGUGCGAGCGGCCGUACGAGCCAGGCACAUAGUUGCCGCCCUCGUGGCCGUCGGCUUCGCCUUGUGCGGCGCCGUCGAGACGAGCUCUUCGGUCGCGCUCCUGGCCAAUCAGGAGGACAACCACGCGAUAAUCGACACGUCCUGGCACUGCGACAUGCUCGUGAACAUUUCGAGUCGAAAUCGCACCGAGGAUGCAGAGGUGAUCCUGAUGGAGCUGCCUCAGGAGGAGCGGACGGAGUCGAUAAUGCGAGAGGCCUUCCUUUGGGGCCAGGUCGCGGGUCCGAUUCUAGGCGGGUGCUUGGUAUGGGGCAGGUCCGGACCCUCGAUGGUCUUCGCCAGGGCUGUGCUCAGCGCGUGCCUGGCCUCGCUACUUGUCCCCGCUGCCUGGAGGGGACCCUCGCACGUGGCCUUAAGACUCUUUCAAGGCCUUUGCACGGGAGCAACGAUGCCCGCCGCUCAUAUGCUUGCCAUGACCUGGUUCAAAAGUACUCAUAGGAGUUGGUAUUUUAGUUGUUACGCAGCUGUAAGCGUAGGUUAUUGUUUAACUGGUUGGAUCGGUACGGCAGUGGUGAGGGCUUUUGGUAGAGAUUCGCUUUGCUACGGAUUAACCAUACUAGCACUGUGUUGGUAUUUCACAUUCGGUCGCUUCGUUAAAGACAGUCCCAAGUCUUAUCAGCAUGAUACUAAUGCAGCAGUAAUACCAUGGGGAAAGUUACUGAGAUCCGUUCCGGUCUGGGCGUCUGCAGUCGCGACAAUGGGUAAUCAAUGGGGUGACGCCACACUUGCUCUCGGAAUGACAAAGUACCUCAAGCUCAUUUAUGGAUUCUCCACCGCUAAUGAUUCCGUACUGACAACUCUGCCGCACAUUGGCCACUUCAUGGCGGCACUCACUUGCGGUUUGCUCGUUGAUCAUGUGAGAGAAUCUAAAAUAGUAUCUACGACAACGGCAAGAAAACUCGUUGUAUACACCGCGCACUUUAUUCCGGCGGCGCUUCUUUUCGUCGCCGGUUACGCCGGAUGCCAGGCUCUAGGUGCCGCUUGGCUCGGCAUUGCCGCGCUCUUGGUCAGCGGAACCGCACCCGCGGGCGCCCUCGCGGCCAUCGCCGACCUCGCACCUGCCGAAUCUCCAGCUUGCGCAGCAGCCGCCUGCGCCCUCUGCUCGACUCUCGGAGCCGCGGGUCUCCUCGCAGCCAAUUACUUCGUCACCCAGGCGCUUCAUGGUUCCAUCGCAGGAUCCUGGCGGCUCGUUUUCGGCGUUGCAUCCAUCGUUUUGCUGAUCACGGCCGCCGUAUUUCUGGCUCUGGGUAAAGGUGUACCACAACCCUGGAUCCCAUCAGUGGCCAGACCGCGAAGUCACGACGUCAUCUACGAGCAAGAUGUACUCGAGCUUGACUACGAGGAUGUCGGUGUACAAACCGAGCCCUAUAAUCCUUACGGUCCCGAGGACGACGAGGAGGAGAACACGAGGGAGGAACAAAAGGAAGCAACGUCGGUGAGCUCGAAAAUUUCAGUCAUCAACGAGUAACCAGUGCGAGUAAUUUAAGAGUUGCUUACUUUCACCGAACUGUGAUUUUUAAGUUUUGCUAUUAUUAAUCAGUUGGAAAUAAUUUAAUUUCAUAUUAAAAAGCUUUCAUACUGGUUGUUUAGAUGAAUUAUUAGCGCAUUAUGUUAUUAGAAACAUUUA